AUGUCAAAUCAAAUAGAUAGAGAAGCAAAUAUUGCAAGAGCAAAAGAAAUUUUUAAAAGAUUAAAAGAAGAGGAUUCAUCAAACAAAGUUUGUUUUGAAUGUAGAUCCGCAAAUCCACAAUGGGCAUCAGUUUCUUAUGGUAUUUACAUUUGUUUAGAAUGUAGUGGUGUACAUAGAAGUUUAGGUGUUCACUUAAGUUUUGUAAGAAGCUUAACAAUGGAUCAAUGGAAUGACCAACAAUUAGAAAAAAUGAAACAGGGUGGUAAUACAAAAGCAAAGGAAUUCUUUAAAAAACAUGGUGUGCCAGAUGACUCAAACAUUAAAGGUAAAUAUAAUUUAAAAGGUGCCAUACUAUAUAAAGAGAAAUUAGCAGCAUUAGCAGAAUCAAAGGCAUGGAAAGAGCCAGAAGCAAAACCAACAUCAUCACCAACAUCAUCAACACCAAAAAAGAAGCCAGGAUUUGAUGAUUGGGAUAAAUUUGAUACUUCUCCACCAAUAAAUUCUGUAAAUAGUAGUAAAACAUCAUCAUCAUCAUCGUCAUCCACAAAAGUUUAUAACAGCACUACAAGUGGCGAUUGGGAGAAUGAAAUUGAUGACACUUUUACUUCAAACAAACCUAAAUCUAUUAGUAGCAGUAGUAGCAGUAGUAGCAGUAUCAAUAAUGGUUAUAAUAAUUCUAAAUAUAACAGUAGUAGUAGCAGUAGUAGCAGUAGCAGUAAUGGUUAUAAUAAAAACACAAGAUCAAUUUCAAGUGAUGGUUAUAACAAUAACAACAACAACAACAAUAAUAAUAAUAGUAAUAAUUCAGCACCAAAAGAUUAUAGACAAUUUAGUGGUGCUAGAUCAAUUUCUAGCGAUCAAUAUUAUGGUAAUGAUUCAUCAUCAGAUUAUAGAAGUGGUGGUGGUAGUAGUAGUAAUAAUAGAAGUAAUUAUAAUACAUCAUAUAAUUCAACCUUUGAGUAUGGUUUAUCAAUGCUCGGAGAUGGAUUUUCUAAAUUAAGCACAGCAGCAUCAAUUGUAUCAUCAAAAGUUCAAGACGGAACAUUAUUAACAGAUGCACAAACAAUGGUAUCAUCCUAUAUUCAAAAAGCCAGAGAUGUAAUCGAUGGUAAUGAACCAUCAUAUAAUGGCAGUAAUUAUAAUAGUAAUAAUAAUAAUAAUUAUAAUAAUGGUAACAAUAGUGUAGAUAAAAAUGCGUACUAUGAUCAAUGGCAAGGUGUAAAUUCAAAUGGUUAUAAAAAUAGUCCAUUCAACUCAAGACCUAGUAAUCCAAUGAAUAAUAGCGGUAGUUAUAAUGGUAAUGGUGGUGGUAAUAAUAAUAAUAAUAAUUUACAAUCAUCAGGUAAUGGUUAUAAUAAUAGUAGUGGAAAUUUAUCAAAUUCAACCAAUUCAACAUCAUCUUCAUCAAAUUAUUCAAAUAAACAAAAUAAUAGAAAAGAAUCUGAAGAAGAAUUUGUUGGUUGGGAAGUAAAUGAUGACGAAGACGAAAAACCAAGAAAUAAUAAAAAUAAAAAUAGUAACAACAACAAUAAUAAUAAUAAUAAAUCUAAACCAAAACCAAACCAAAAUGUUAGGUAUGAUAGUGACGAAGAAGAAUAUGAAGAACCAAAGAAAAAAUCACAAGCACCUCCACCAUCUAAAUCAACACCAAAAAAACAAGCUCCCCCAAGCGAUGAUGAAGAAGAUGGAAAUGAUUCGUGGGUUUGGAAAGAUGACUCACCUAAAAAAACAACCACAACAAAAGCUUCAACUAAUAAAAAUGUAACAACAACUCCUGCUAAAACAACAAAAGCUUCAAACGAGGACUGGGACACUUGGAAUGAUUAA